AUGCGUUCCGAGCCCACGGCGAGUCAUGCGCUUGCAAUAGCAGAUCAUCCGGAGAAAGGCGCCGCGCAGAUGCCACAGAAUCACGGUUCAAUUGGCGAUGUAACCAAUCUUGGGUGGGAUGGAGACGAGAGUAACGUCCCGAAGCCGGUGGUUGGGGGAUUGAGGAACGAGGAGUUAUGGCUCCUAUUGAGGAGAUUCAACAAUCAAGUGCAUCAUCUCAAGGAAACGCCGCAUCCUGCACGGGGGAGUCUGGAUAUGAACCUCGCGCAGGAGGCCGACUAUACCCCAGCUGAAUUACGGAGCACUCUUGAGAGGCUAUACGUCACUGUGGUGGUCGGUGUGGUGAAAUUUGGGAAACACAUGAUUCGGUUACGGUCAUGGAAAGAAAAGUGGCGCACAUCAUUGUUCUGUAUUGCCUACUUUGCAGCAUGUCUGUUUGAUGUCCUCUUGCCGCUAUUCCUCAUCAUACUCCUCGUCCUCGUCGCCUACCCGCCCUUACGACCCAUUCUCUUCCCUCCGGUGCCACUAGCACUUGUGCAUGGAACGAGCGGGGGUGUCCAGAAGCCCGCUACCGGAGACUUGGGCAGCACAGACAGCGCAACCGGUGCUCCCGAGAACUACAAGGGAGAGGCAGUGGAGCAAGAAGCCAGUAAUCUCGUCAACGGGAUCGCCAACGUCGCGUUGAGUAGCGCUGCGGGCAAAAGGGAUGCGAAUUUUGCUGGCGCCAACGACGAAGAAGAACGCGAGGAUGACGAAAGCCCAACUGCGAAAGAUCGCGGGGCAAAGGCUGGUCCGGAUCGGACGCAUGACAAAACGAAGGAGCCAAUGGAAAAGGCGAUCUUCGAGGCUAUGGGGCCGAUGAUAUACGGCAUGGCCGAGGUCAGCGAUACGUGGGAAAGGAUUGGAAAUGCCUUGUCUCCAAUGCCCCCUUUUCCGAAACAUCUCCAUCGACUACGUCUCGCCGGUCUAGUACUCCCGAUACUCUUAGGCUCGUUCUUUAUAACCCCUUAUAUGAUCUCGAAAGUGGCAACGUUCGGCAUUGGAUUUGGGUUUUUUGGCGACCCAGUUAUUCAGCGUGGUGUCGAGUGGCUCAAUCACACAUACCCACACUGGCAGAAGUUGCUAGACCUGCGAAAUACACUUCUCAAGGGCAUCCCUACCAACGCGCAAGUUACAAUUACCCUUCUGCGUAUCGGCGAAGCCAACCAUGCUCCUCUUCCACCCGUACCGAGAACUAGUCCACUUCCACCAUCUCAGACUACGUCUAAUAAUUCUACUGAAGUUGCAGCCACGGAAGGUGACGCACCGCUGGGUGCUUCCGAAACGGAGCUACAAGCGGCCAUAGCUCCCUCUCCAACUUCCAGCACCGAACCGCCAAAUGAGACGACCAACGGUAAACCGCAGCGGGCUUCAAAGCUCAUCGGCUUCUUCAAAGGCACAACUCGCGCCACCCUCUCAGCAGCAAUCGGCAUCGACGCGGCCAAAGCGAAGGCCGGUUCGCAACACGCUAAAGACCGCCUCGGCGCGAUCCCCGCCUCGAAAACCGAGCGCAAGAUCGGCGGACCGGUGCAGUUCAAAGCGCGCUACCGCGGCCAUAAAGGGCGGGUCGUGAUCGUGACGCACGCGGUGGUCCCCUUCGUCGGGUUCUGGGCGGAGAAAGUCGCGGGGCAGGUGGCGCCGGCUAUGAUGCACGGCGCGGAAGACACGGUGCGCGCGCUGGCGAUCUGGACGGUGCCGAUCGCGGAGAUCGCGGAGAUCAGGAAGGUCGGCGGCUAUGGGUGGAAGGGACGGCUGGUGGUCGGGUGGGCGUUUGAGCGGAAUCUAAAGGAUGGGGUGGAGGUGGUGACGCGCGAGGGGGAGAAUCAUCGGGUGACGGCGAUGGAGAUGCGGGAUGAGUUGUUUAAUCGGAUUUGCGCGAUGGGUGGGCAGCGGUGGGUCAUCAUGUAG